AUGGAAGAGAAAGACGUAACCCACGAUAUCCCAAGGACUGAUUCUCACGGCCACUGCGAGAUCGACGAGCUGAAGUCCGUGUCUUCGAAAGACCUUGACGACACCUACGAGAUCUACAAACGACAGGAUGCCCGUGACAUCGAUCCACAGGAAGCCAAACGAGUGCUCAGGAAGACCGACAUCCAUAUCAUGCCGCUGUUGAUGGGCACGUACAUGCUGCAGUUCCUUGACAAGUCGAGCAUCAACUUUGCUGCUGUUUUUGGCUUGGAGGAAGGAACGAACUUGCAUGGUCAAGACUUUUCAUGCUCGGUGACCGACUUCGACUUUGCGCUCAAUGUUGAUCUUUUGAAAGGGUACUUGAUCGCUCAAUAUCCGGCGGGCUACCUGCUCCAACGACUACCGACUGGACGUUUGGUAGGCGUGACGAUCUUGAUUUGGGGAACCCUCAUCAUCACUACCCCGGCAUGCAACUCCUUCGCUGGGAUAGCGACAAACAGGUUUCUACUUGGCGUGUUCGAAGCUGUUGUCAAUCCUGCCUUCGUUCUGAUGAUGUCGAUGUGGUAUCGCUCGGAUGAGCAGCCCUUGCGGCUCGUGACAUAUUACUGUAUGAAUGGCUUCGCAGGCAUCUUUGGUGGUCUCCUCGGCUUUGCCCUUGGCCACAUCAGCACAGGCUUACAGAACUGGCAAUACAUCUUCCUCGUGUUCGGAUCGAUCAGCAUCGCAUGGGCCGUUAUCUUCCUGAUAUUCAUGCCGAACCUACCGUCCACCGCUCGUUUCUUCAGCGCCGAGCAGAAGGUUGUCGCAGUGGAACGCAUUGCCACCAACCGACAAGGUGUCAAGAACCAUACUUUCAAGUGGUAUCAAGCCCGGCAGGCAGCUCUCGAUCCGAAGACUUGGAUAUUGUUCGUGAUGGCGGUCGCUGCACAGAUCCCGAAUGCCGCACAAAGUCAGUUUACGUCGAUCAUAUUGGCGACUUUCGGCUUCACUCCGCUGGAAACUCAGUACUAUGGCAUGCCUGGUAACGCCAUCCAGAUCGUCAGCUUGUUGCUCUCUGGCUACAUCAGCUCGCACUGGCCGAACAUGAGGUGCAUCACGAUGAUUUUGGGAAACCUGAUCUGUGUAGCUGCCGGUGCGGCUCUUGUAGGGCUUCCCAAUGACCGUGUCUGGGGCCGCCUUGUCGCACUGUGGCUCGGUAGCUGUCAGAGUGUCGGAUUUGCGAUGUCUUUGACUAUGGUCAGUAGUAACAUUGCUGGCUGUACGAAGAAGCAGAUACUGAUCAGCUCAUCCAGCAUUAUCGGGCCACAGACGUUCAUCGACAACGAAGCGCCUUCAUACCCCUCUGCCUACAUUGCCAUCUUGAUCGGCUACUCGGUCAAGACCGUUAUGGUCAUCAUCCUCCUCUUGUACAUGUGGAUGGCCAACAAGAAGAGAGACCGCCAGGCCGCAGCUGCUGGUACUCUUGAGGCCGAGUUGGAGGAGAAGCAAGCCAUCGAGUCUGGCAUGCAGGAUGUCACCGAGUUGGACAAUCGUGGGUUCCGGUACAGUCUGUAG